AUCCGCAAGAUACACUUUGAACUCUGAAACAGCAUUCCAAAAAAUAUAAAUAAGCAUAAGUUUGCAACUAUAGCUGAUUCUAUGUGAAUCAUGACUAAACUAUUUUAUUAUACCUCUACCUUUCUCACGAACCAUGUACUGUCUUGUUAAGGUGUAACUCAGUUCAGCUAUAUAACAAGAAAUUUUUCAAUAAAUUCAAAGAGUCUCAGUACUACUGUACUAGUAACUUUGUGUGUUACAUUAUAAUGGAUGAACAUCAGGCCUGCCUUAGACAACUAUGUCGUGUAUGUGGCAUUAGGUUUGGACGUGAUGACCGUCGUUAUGCCUGCUCUGAGUAUUCUAGGCUACUAUCACAAGCGUACAGCAACUUACAUUCGGAAAACGAUGACCCACUUGUUUACCCAACCGACUUCUGUAUUGGUUGUUACCUUGCAAUGUCGAAGUGUGAAAAAAGCCAAGGAGCACUGCUGACUGUUCCACAAUCACCACAAUGGCAAGCUCACUCAGGAGACUGUCCAAUCUGCUCGAGCUGCAAGGAGCAAAAAAAAGGAGGACGUCCUUCCAAAAAAUUACAGAAGAAAAGAACUGCAGCCGCUAGUGACACAAUGCCGUCACUUCAGAAUGUAAUUGACCACAUAAAGCAGACAGCUCCUCCAUCAUUCUGUUCGGAUGUCUCAACUCAGUCUCUCUUGCCCUCUGAGUUCAUCCAGCCAGCUCCCCCUCUCACAAUAGAGUUGUUUCUUUGUCCAAUAUGUAAACAAGUCAUCAAUGCACCUGUGGAAUCACCUUGUAAACAACUAUGCUGUGCACAGUGUGCUGUUGAAGCCAUUAAAUCAUCAGCUGAUGUUGUCUGUCCUCUGUGCCAAAAAUCAAUCUCAACUACAGACGCUAUACAGCGUCCAUCAAAAAUUACCGUACCUUAA